GGCCAGGUGAGAAGCCAUGUUCCUGAGCCUGGGAGAGGGGCCGGGGCCUGAGGGUGGGGGCCUGGGGCCAGGCGAGGAGGCCCCCAAGAAGAAGCACCGCAGGAACCGCACGACCUUCACCACGUACCAGCUGCACCAGCUGGAACGGGCCUUCGAGGCCUCCCACUACCCGGACGUGUACAGCCGCGAGGAGCUGGCGGCCAAGGUGCACCUGCCCGAGGUGCGCGUGCAGGUCUGGUUCCAGAACCGCAGGGCCAAGUGGCGCCGCCAGGAGCGCCUGGAGUCAGGCUCAGGAGCGGUGGCAGCCCCGAGGCUCCCAGAGGCCCCCACACUGCCACUUGCCCGUCCCCCAGCCCUGCCACUGCCCCUGGAGCCCUGGCUGGGCCCCGGCCCCCAGGUGGGGCCAGGCCUCCCCCGCGUCCUGGGCUCAGCCCCAGGGCUGCAGGCCUCCCUGGGGCCACACGCCUUCCCUCCUACCUUGGUGGACGGCUUCGCCCUGGAGGAGGCGUCCCUGCGGCUGCUGGCCAAGGAGCACGCACAGGCCCUGGACAGAACCUGGCCACCAGCCUGAGACGGGCCUGGUGACAGCAGCCAAUCAGACCCAGCCGUCUCCAGGAGCAAGACCUCCAUGUGCUGCUGGGAACCCUGCCCUGUGCCCCCACCCUCCCCACCCCACAGCCAGGUGACACCCAGCAGGGGGGGCCUGAGGACCUGCAGGCCCAGGCAGGGGCCCUGCCCUGUGGGCGUCUCGGCCCCUCAGCCCAUGUGUCCAGUGGGCAUGGUGCUGGGCGCCAGGUUCCUGAAGUGUCUGCCCAGCCCUUCCCCCACAGGGCCCCAGAAGUGACAAGAAGUGACAAACAGCAGCAGCCUCCUGUCACCUUUACCCUGCGCCUGCCGGUAGCCCUCCUGCCACCAGUCCUGGGAGGCAGGCUCCACCGUCAGCCCCUUAAGGGAGGAGGCCAGAGAUGGGCAGAGAUGAGGCAGCACAGCCGGCAGGGCUGGACCUGGUGGGGGCAGUGCCCUCCAGGGAGGCUCAGGGACCCACGCAAGCAAGGGUGGCUGGCGCUGGGUGCUGCUAUCAGCUCCUGCUCCCUCCACACGGGGGGAAGGGCGAAGCAGAUGUCCCCACAGCCCAUGGCCCACACCUGGACAGCCCUGGGACCUCCCAGAUCAGGGCGAGGCGCCGAGGAGGUGCACCCGGGGCGCUGGGCGCAGGGGGAGAAGAAGCCACAGGCCCAGGUCAACACCCAGAGCACCCGCACGCCCACCCCACCCUCCACCCUUCACCCCUCAGUCCACCGCUAGCCCUGCCCUCCGCCACCCAGCCACCUCCAGACACACCACGGGUCCCAGGCUGGAGACAGCGGGAG